AUGCUCUUUCGUAUUGAUUGCCGCCUCCACAUGUUGCUUAUCAUCCUCCUCGCCCUCCGCUGGUUCCAACCCCUUCUAACAGAGCCAGGCAUGUUCCCCGGCUUCUUGCACAUGAUGCGCGAGCCUGAGAAGUUCUUCCCGCCGCACGUCAAGUUGUUGCUCAUGUCCCAGUCCGACUUCGCGCUGCCCUACCCGGGGCGGCGGGCCGAGAAGAAGUACGACUUCAUCUACUCGGGCUCGGACCAGGACGUCCACAACGAUUGCGAGGGCUGGUCCUCUUUCGCGAAGAACUGGACGUUCGCGAAGCAGGCGCUCGAGGUCAUGUGCGGUGAGUACGGACUGACUGGUGUGCUGGUCGCCACCAAGGACAAGCAGAACAAGAAGGCCUGCACCAUACCCACCUCGUGCCACGGCAAGGUCUUGCAGACACAGUAUAUUCCCCAGAACGAGUUCUUCGACUACAUGCGGCAGAGCCGGUGGGUCUUCUUCCCGCAGGUGCACGACGCGUCCCCCAGAGUCACCACCCAGGCUCUCAUGCACGACCUCCCAAUGUUGAUGAACUGGCAUAUCGCGGGUGGCUGGAAGUACUUGAACGAGAAGACGGGCGAGGCUCUGCAUGCCUAG